AUGGUGGACGAUCUGAAUCGUAUCUACCGAUUGGAUAGAGUUUCUCACAUUGUUGGUAGCAUCAAUGAAGAGCAUGGGCGGAGGUUCUUGUCACCAAAGCUCUUCCUCGGUGAGCCUAGAGUAGUUGCAAUCUCGGCCGAGGCGACACAGAGAGAUCCAGGACAGGCACCUCCCAUGGAGCAGGUGCCUGAUGUUCCAAACAUGUGUCGUGUUGAGCGAAAAUAUCGUGUUGAGAUACGAGUGAGUGAUCAUAAACGAGGUAGAGGUCAAGGCCAACAUAGAGGUAGAGGUGGAGGUAAAGGUAGAGGUUGUCGUGGAGGUCAAGGUGGAGGCAGAGAUGGUGGAAGUGGAGAUGAUGGUGGGGGUAGAGAUAAUAGUGGAGGCAGAGAUGGCGGUAGUGGUGCUAAUGGUGGAAGCAGAGUUGAUAGUGGUAGAGGAUAUGAUUUUGGUGGAGCUGAUUAUGGUAGAGGAGAUGGUUUUGGUGGAGCUGAUGGUGGUGGAGGUGGGGAUUAUUUUGUUGGAGGGUCUAGUAGUUAUAUAGACGGCAAGGGGAGGCAGACAUACACGAGCUCGAGUCAGCUGUUUCCAGACUUGGUUAGUGCUGCAGCUAUUGAGUUGCACUUUGUAAGGUCAUAG